AUGAACAAAAGGGGGCUAAUCAAGGGGGGUUAUCGUCCCUUCCUCGUCCGUGGAUAUAGCGGUGCGAUAUUUUCGCGCAGGAAAACUUCAGCGGACAAAAGCAGACAGAGAGAAACGUCCAAGCGACCGAGCACCGGCAACUUGCACGGGAAGGCGAACAACGUCCAGCAAAAUGUUCAACGAACCGAGAGAGUGUCGUCUACGCACAAUCUAGCCGAGGCCGUUGUUAAUACGCCGUUCAACAACAAAUCCGUGGACGUUUCCAUGCCGAAGACAAGAUUCAGUUCCAAGGAUGUCAAAUCGUCGUGUUCCCCGAGGCUGAAAUACUUCCCCAUAGAGAAAAUCAAAAAGUUGGAAACACCUCCGUCGUUCUGUCCCGAGCCGAUGGGCGCUUUGAUCGCCCAACAGGAUCCCAAUGAAUCUGGAAUCUUGUACGUGUCCAAGAGUCCGGAGAGAAAUCGCGACCAGGGUGGCCAGGGUGACGCCACGGUUGUCGCUCAGCAUUUGCAUCAGCACCAGUAUCACCAACAUCAGCCGCAAAACAUGCACACAAUGAGCCAGCAACAGGUCACACCUCAGCAGAUGGUAAAUCAGAUCGGUCACGUGAAUCCGCAAUCGGAGAGCGCUAUGCUGUCGCAACAAGUUUCGAAUCUUCAGUCUCAUCGUCCCCACGUGCCUCACAGCGGCCGAGAAUUUUCUCCUCAGAAGAACGCUCAAUCGGUUCCCGCGAAUCCUGCGUCUCACGGAGCCGCGACAUCCCAGCAAGGGUCUGGCGGAGGAAGCGCUUCCGAGCAAAUGGGGGAGCAAGGGAACGCGAAGAACGAGAAGAGUCAGCCGACCGUCGAGGAGGAUACGUACGAGAGACAGCCGGUGGGUGGUCGAAACGCGGCGCUCUACAGGCAACUGGUGAUGGAAAAUAGGCAACAACAGGCGCAACAACAGCCCGAUGCCCAGUUUCCUGGCAAUUCCCACUCAAUGAAUCAAUUCGCCGUGUUGAACCAGGCCAACAAUCAGCACGGUUAUAAUCACGUUCUAACGUACGCCAAUAUUCAAAAUGCUCAAAACUCUCCCCAGAAUCCGCAGAGCGUGCAGAAUCCGCAGCAACUUUAUCAACAGAUGCAACAGAAUAUGGCGCAGCAGCAGCAUAUGCAGCAAAGGGCGAUGAACUAUCAGAUGCAAAUGAUGAAGAAUCAAAGAUGCCAGACGGCUCCUCCGAAUUACAGUGGGAUGACUUCGUCCCAGGAUGCGAUCACGACUCAGAUGAGAAAUUUGAGAAUGAUGGGAUCGAAUUAUCCCGUACAGGAUCACAACACCGUUAACGCUGCCAAUGGAUUGUAUAGGAACAGCAAUAAUGCUAACAAUACCAAUAAUACUACUACUGCUAAUAAUAGUAAUCAGUUGGCCGAGUAUUCGAGCGUGAAGGCACAGUUGAAAUCUUACAACGUCGACGUGGUGAACGGCAAUCAAACGUUGUACAGGCCGCAGAAUCAACAACAACAACAGCAGCAACAGUUCAUGCCUCACUAUCAACCGGAGAUCGGGUAUCAACAACAAAUGCAGCCUCAACAACAGAUGCAAGCGCAACCGUUUCAACAACAAUUGUACAGAAAUCCUGUGAUGCAGGGACACCAGAACAUGAUGGUCUACAAUCAACCGGGAUACAAUCAACAGAUAAGCCCCGGACAACAGAUGAUUCCGAUGAUUCGGCAGCAAAAUUUGGAGAACAAUCCGGAGAGAAUUCAAGGUCAGCACGGGAGGAAAAGGGCGUUGAAGUUCACGCAUGGAAUGAUACGCGACCAAGAGAAAUUGUUGGCCACCAUGAAGCAGCAAAGAGUGCCGAUAGACAUAAUGAAGAGGCAAUUCGAAAUGUUGUUGAACGAGCAACGAAAGCAUUUGGAGUAUCUGGAGCAGCAGAACAACAUGUUGGAAGAGGUGAAGCCUGUUGUGGUGACUCGGAAGAGGAAGCAGCAGGACGAGAAGCCCGAAUGGAUGAUUCAUUUAACACCUCCGAGAUUGUCUUAUCUGGAGAUAGAGAGAAUGCAAGAGCAACGAAGGAAGGAGCGCGAAAUGGAGAUGAUGCAACAGCAACAGCAGCAGCAACAGCAGCAGUAUCAGCAACAAUACCAGACGAUGGACGAAAUGUCGCGUCAACAGGUUCCCGUACAGGCCAUCAAUCAACAAAAUUAUCAGCAUUAUCGGGAACAGGCUAAUUGGCAACAGCAACAGAAAACUUCCCGGCAAUAUAACAGUGCUCGACCUUAUGCUGUUCCAGGUCCCGGCAACGUGAACGAAUCAAUAAAAACGAUGAAAUAUCAACAACAAAACGUGCCCCAGUAUCAUCAUCAGUAUCAACAAUCCCAUCAUCAGCAACCUUAUCAACACGCUCACCAGCAUCUUCAACCCCAUCAGGAAUAUUACAAUCCUCAACAGUAUCAGCAGUAUCAGCAGUAUUAUCAGGCUCUUGCCCAACAACAGAAUCGUGAACACGUUCAACCGAUUGCCACGAAUCAAUUGUACGAGGAUCAGAACAGACCGUCCACGGAGCCGUCCAGCCUGUUAAAGAUACGCCGAUACAGGAACGAGAUCCGGCCGCAGAGGCGGAACAACGGAUUGCAGGAGCCGGAGAUGGCGAAGAGACAAUUGGAGGAGUUUAGAAUAUCGGCGGAGAUCAGGAAGGGAUUGGAGUACAUAGCCAAUUUGGCGCCUAAGAAACGCGUGGUGAGAUUGAACGGGAUGCAAGAGAGCAACGAGCUGGACUCCCAGUUCCAGCAACGUUUGAUCACGUCUGCGUUGCCCCAAUCCGUUCAAAGAAUAUCCGCAAACGGUUUGGAGAACACCAGGAACCCGAACAACCCGCCGUCCCAACGGUUGUCGAACUUGAAGAAGAUGGAGUACGAGUAUUUGAGGGAGUAUCCCAGGCAGAAACAGAACAAUCCGAGGACCUGUUACAGCGUCCCGGCCGAGAGGGAGAACGGGUCGAUGGCUAUGGAUCAGCAACAACAACAACAAUUGCAACAGAUGCAACACCAGAUACUCUCCCAACAGCAAUUCCCUGUGGAGAACUCGAGCAAAUCGUUGCCCUACAACGAGAAUAGUCAAUUGUUGCCUCGCGUAAACUCGACGUCGUACAGAUUCGACGCGAAUUAUCCCCAACAUUAUCAACAGAUGCAGCAAUAUUAUCAAAAUUCGAAAAAUUUGGCGAGGAAUCACGGGGAGGGUGAUAUGGGAUCGACCCAAAGAAUAGAGCAGAACAAGGGGAAUUUCGAUCACGCGGGCGGUGAUGCCAGCGAAAAUAUGAAUAACACGACGAUGAAUGGACAAAUGGCGGACGGGAAGAUACCGUAUCAAAAGAUGUAUUACAGCCAGCCGGAUAUUCACGAAUCGAGAAUGAUCGGGGGUGUGAGAUAUUUGGCCAGGAAACAGGAUUACAUGCCCAAUCAGUAGCGGAUCGGGAGCCGGAAUGGA